AUGCUCUCCCGAGCCACAAGAUCCCUCAAUCACUACGGCUACCACAAUGACAUAGCCGUCUUCUUCAACAGACGUGUAGAAAUUGUCAGCUGGGUUCUCGUGGGCUUCCUCUCCAGCAAGAUAUGCGAAGAAUCGACCCCAGGAUUGGCUUCCACUCUAUCUUUCAUGGCCGUCAUUGGAUGUGGAGUCCUACUCGAUGGAAUGGUCUAUCCGUCUCAAGAAACGCCGGUCUCAGAAGCGGGACAGCAGAAAAACUGCUUCAGGACCGCCGAUGCUUCCGAGUGCCGCGAGAUCAUCAAGAGUGGAAGGGCUCCUGCAGCUUCGAAGAAUACUCUGUCAGCACUGGAAGCUCGUGCUCGUCCCAAUCAGCGCCUGAGGAUGGCCUUCGGUAUCGACAGCUGCUUCACCUCCUCAGACGAAAGAUCCUGCAAGAGCUUCAGAACUUCUCUUGAGAAGCUUCUCUACGUUGAAGAGAAGGAAUGGACCAACUUCACCACUACUGCUCGUGAAACUGCAAAGGAAGCUCUCGAUGUGGCAGGAGACACGACAAGUUUGUUCGGUGUAGUGCAACUCUUGACUCUCAAGACCAUGAUGAGUGUGCUCUGGCCUGACCGCGAGCCGAAGCAAAGCACAAACGAGCAGAUCGCCACGCUCGCUCACGAAGUGAAUCUGCAGUGGCUUCGCUCCAAGGAAUGCUACACGGGCGACAACCCAGCUUGGCUUUUCGACAAGCAAGAUUCACUCACGAAUGCCGUGAAAGCCGUCUUUCCGGACUGGGACGAGGCAGACAGCAACGAGAAUCCAUGCAACUUGAUCCUUCCAGGCUACGAAACCAUGUGGCGUGUAGUCAUCCGCUGUUUCGUAGAGAUCAAAGCUCGCAACCACGAUCACGCCAUCUUCUGGAAAUAUGUCUUGCUCGACUUCCUGAAGCAGCCGACGAAGCGUGGUCUCGAAAGACCUCUGGCCGAAGUCCACGGAGUUGUCGCAGCUGUGUAUAUUGCGAAAGAGGCUCUUCGUCUGUAUCCANNGCCAAAUGUAUUCGUGCCAGAGCGUUGGACUCACAUCGAAGAGGGCUACGACGAAGGCUACAUGCCUUUUGGAGCCAGCCCUUUCAAUUGUCCCGCCAAGAGAUGGAAGAAUGUGCCCAUGCCGUUCGGGCUGUCCAUGAUUGCGCUGCUUGUGGGUGCAUUGAUCGAGGCGACUGAUCAUAUUUGGGAGAUACAGGGAGACUUCCCAGAGAACGAUUGCGCACUCGACACUGAUCGUGAGGCGUACAGUACAUCAGUCUUGAGAAGAAGAAGAUUGCGUAGCUAA